GCCCAUAACGACUUCAUUAUAGUCUCCCGUCAAUUGCUGAUCAAUCGAGCCGACACGGAUAAGGACAAACAGAGUGCCAAGGUGCUCAUUAUCUACAGCACUGGAAAGCAGCACAUCGUCACCUUCAAGCUGCCCAUCCAUGCGUUUACAGUGCAAAAGCUGUGUCUCAAGAUGAACCUUCAUAUGGAUGAUAACAUCACGAUUGAUUGCAUGGAGAAUGCCGGUGGCUCUGUGGGAUUCGCCAUCGGUGAUUCCAUUGCCGAUAAGAAGAAGAGUAGUACUGCCCAAGUGAUAUCGUCGGUGGAUCAAGACGACAAUACUCCCAAGACCAAGAAACAGAAGAAGUGUCAUUCUGCAGAGGACAGCAAUGGUUAUCAAGUUGCUGGUGCUCAAGACAACCCAGGUUCAUCUGGCAAUAAACAGGGAAAUCAAACCCCCACGGGUAACACCUCAAAUUCUCCAAAGAAGAGCAAUGGUCUCCAGGGCGUGCAACCAGCUGGAGACGCUCUCGCAAGCUCCCAGUCAAUCCAGUCGAAGGACCAAGUCGCACAUGCCACUGUUAGCAAGAAAUCGGAAGAGACUGCUGGUGGAUCUCAAUCGCGGGUGCAACCGAAUGUUGCAUCCAUACCGGCGCCAGCCGAGGAAGCAACUAGUGACACUAUACCCACACCUGCAGAACGCGCAGAGAAGAGUCGCCUGCGCCGGAACAGCAACUGGAUAAUAAGCAGGGACUUUGACGAUGAAGUCAUUGUGCUGUUGAGCAGCGAGGAUGAGGAGACCACCGCCGCCGACAAUGGCCAAACAGAGGGAAGACUCUCCGGCGACGAGAAUCCAACGCUUUUCACAUAUCCGCCCACCGGAACCGGUGGCCUGAGCAUCACCAUUCAGGACUAUAUGUGUCUCAAGGAAGGCUCAUUUCUGAACGACAUAAUCAUUGAUUUUUAUCUGCGCUGGCUAAAGAAUAACAUCAUACCAGAGGGUCAGCGCGAUAGGACGCACAUCUUUAGCACAUUUUUCCACAUGAGAUUGACCACAGAGACGAGUCCCAACAACACGAAGGAGCCGGUGGCCAAGAGGCGUCACGAAAGGGUAAAGAAGUGGACACGAACCGUGAAUAUAUUCGAGAAGGAUUUCAUCAUAAUACCAUUCAACGAGAAGUCCCAUUGGAUACUGGCCAUCAUAUGUUUUCCAAACCUGAAGACCUCCGUGGUUAACCAUGAUGUACAGACACCCGGCGAAGACAUUCCAAUCAAACAGCCAUUGAUUCUCAUCUUCGAUUCGUUGGAGGGCAACUCACGCGAUCGAGAUAUUGCCAUAUUGCAUGAUUACCUCAACUUCGAGUACAAGGCAAAGUAUCCGAAAGAGCGGGCGCGCAUCUUCAACGGGGAUAAUAUGCCAGGUCUCAUUGUGGAGGUGCCGCAGCAGGAGAAUCUCACCGAUUGCGGCCUCUAUCUGCUGCAGUAUGCGGAGCAAUUCUUCACAAAACCCAUCGUUAACUAUAAGCUGCCCAUUAGGGAGCUGAUCGAUUGGUUUGACCUGCUCACAGUAACCAAGAAGAGCGAGGAUAUCGCCAAUCUCAUCCAGAAGCUGAUGAAUGAAGGCAAUCAGCAGGGCAUAACUUUGCCCGUCAUAAAGUUUCCCACACUGAAUGGCAUAAUGGUGAUGGAUGUGGAUGACGAUAAGGAAUGGGACACGGAGGAAGAGAAUCAAACUAUAAACCAAUAUAGUUUUGAAACCAGAACACCGCCGAAAAGAAGGCAUACACUCCAGUAA